AUGAAUUAUUAUAAUAAAAAUAAAUUACCAGGCGAAUCAUGGUCAGUUGACAUAUUUGGUCCGACAAAUGGUCUACCACUAAAUCAAGGUAGAUAUAUGUUACUAAUGGUAGAUAAUAGUUUCUACUCAUUGUCAUAA